AUGAGCGAGCUGCAGGCUCUCCGAAGACGCAACCAAGAACUCGAAACUCGACUUGGCCUCACGUCAGGAACUGAUGCCCCGAAAAUCACAAAAGAGCCCGGUCGCACCCUUCGGUCGGCUGCGUGGUUUGACUGCCGCAGCGAUCCGGGCAUGACAGCCAUUUACAUGGAGCGAUAUUUCAACUUUGGCAUCACGCGAGAAGAACUGAUGUCUGGCAAGCCGAUGAUUGGGAUUGCACAGUCCGGCUCUGACAUCGCGCCGUGCAAUCGGCACCAUAUUGAACUGGCCAAGCGAGUCCGCGAGGGCAUUCGCACGGCCGGCGGUAUCGCCAUUGAAUUCCCCACUCACCCUAUUCAAGAGACAUCACGACGGCCAACCGCCAGUCUAGACCGAAAUCUGGCUUAUUUGACUCUCGUGGAAAUCUUGACUGGGUACUUCCUUGACGGUGUUGUGCUUUUGACGGGAUGUGAUAAGACAACUCCCGCGUGCUUGAUGGCUGCUGCCACAGUGAACAUCCCAGCAAUCUGUAUGAAUGUGGGCCCGAUGUUGAACGGCUAUGCCAAGGGCACUCUAGUGGGGUCUGGAUCUGUUCUCUGGAAAGGUCGAGAGAUGUAUGCCACGGGAGAAAUCGACGAGCAUGAAUUCAUGGAAUACAUCUCUCAGAGUACACCCUCCGUUGGACACUGCAAUACGAUGGGAACUGCUUCUACUAUGAAUGCCCUGGCAGAAGCCCUCGGCAUGGCACUUCCAGGAUCCGCAGCAAUCCCCGCUGCGUAUCGCCACAGAGCACAAUGUGCCUACGAGACCGGUAAACGGAUCGUGGAUAUGGUCCAUAUUGACCUGAAACCGAGCGACCUAAUGACCCGCGAAGCAUUUGAAAAUGCGAUCGUGGCAAAUGGAGCGAUUGGCGGCAGUACCAAUGCCCCCAUCCAUCUCAACGCCAUCGCCCAGCAUAUCGGCGUCGAGCUAUCUAUGGAUGAUUGGGACACGAUUGGAUCGCGUAUUCCUCUCCUAUUAAACAUGCAGCCAUCCGGUGAGUACCUUGGAGAAGAAUAUUUCCGCGCAGGAGGUCUUCCAGCUAUCAUGGCGGAGCUCUUAGACGCAGGCAAGUUGAAUGGAGAUGCGUUGACCUGCAACGGUCGCACACUUGCCGAGAAUGUUCGUGGCAAGCAUUCCUGGGACCGCGCCGUGAUUCGCCCUUAUGAUGAUCCCUUGAUGAAGGAUGCCGGCUUUAUUCAUUUGAAAGGUACAUUGUUCGAUUCUGCAAUCAUGAAGACCUGUGUGAUCUCGCCUGCCUUCCGUCAACGGUAUCUAUCAAAUCCCGAUGAUCCCGAGGCUUUUGAAGGCUCCAUUGUCGUGUUCGAUGGACCGGAGGAUUAUCAUAGUCGUAUCGAGCAGAUGCCGGAGAUCGAUGACCAAACGGUCUUGAUCAUGCGUGGUGUUGGCCCACUCGGAUACCCAGGCGCAGCGGAGGUCGUCAACAUGCACCCACCAGGCCGAUUACUGAAGCAAGGUGUUGACGCCCUAUUUUGCAUUGGUGAUGGACGACAAUCGGGCACGUCAGGGUCACCGUCUAUCCUCAACGCUAGCCCAGAGGCUGCUGCUGGAGGAAAUCUUGCCAUUCUCCGAAACGGUGACAAACUUCGCAUUGAUCUACCAAAGCGACGAGUCGAUAUUCUCAUCAGCCAUGAAGAAAUUGCACAGCGAAGGAAGGAGAUGUUGUCUCAAGAAUAUCCGUUGAUUCCCAGCGGCACACCGUGGCAGGAGAUCUUCCGCCAGGAAACCGAUCAAUUGUCUAAUGGUAUGGUGCUGAAGAAGGCUGUGAAAUAUCAACGCCUGGCGCAAACAAAUGGUCCACCGAGGCACAAUCAUUAA